AUGACUUCGAGCACGACGCAGACGGUUGAUAGCCAUGCUGCCGAUCCUUUCGCCGAGACACGAUUUUCUCUCUUUCACACCAAAGUUGAUCUUGACCUGAACUUCGGCCAGAAUAUCACUGGCCACACCGAAAUAGAAAUUCAUCCUGAAUCCAAAAGCUUCAAGUACAUCUAUCUCAACGCCCAGCAAUGCUCAGUCUCCAACGUUACCGUCAACGGCAUUGAGGCGACGCACUACCACCAAGAUCCGUGCGUUUUGACGAAACUCCACUUCGAAGCCACUGCACAUCAGCACCACUUUUUCGCCGAUAAAAUCGACCGCCUGCGUGGCAAAACUGUCCGGCCAAAUCUUGUCAUCCAAGUGCCAUCGAGUAUCAGAAUAACAGAAGUCAACGAAACCGAGGUCCGCACGCAAGAUGCUGGGACGAUCAGAGUGCCACAACCUGCCGGCACCGAUGCUACCGAAACAGCUCGUGGCCUUACGGAUACCUCGGUGGCUAAAUUCACUCCUCUUGUAGUCUCCAUCAAUUUCACAACCAUCCACAUGCAUGACGCUGUUGAGUUUGUCAGCGGGCCGAGGGGAAGUGGUCGUUGGCCCCAUGCCUUCACAAGAGGCCGACAAGGCGGUGCAAGUGCGGCGACCUUGUUUCCUUGCUCCGAUUCGCUCUAUGUGCGAGGAACAUGGGAGAUCGCUAUCACAACGCCUCAAACAGUUGGCGAUGCUUUAAAACAGACCUUAGCCGAAAAUUUGGGCGAUGUCUCGCCUGACAAGAAAGCCAACGGAGCAGCGCCACCCGCUCAUGAGACUAAGCAGAUGCUCGUUCUCUGUUCUGGAGAAUUUGUCAACGAUGUGAUCUCGAAAACAGAUCCGACUAAGAAGACGACACAAUUCAUCAUUAUGGAAAAGAUCUCGGCCCAGCAGAUCGGCUUCGCUGUUGGCCCUUUCGAACGGGUUGACCUGAACGUCUUCAGAGACGCCGAGGACCAGGAUAAACUCGGCGAUAAUGCCGUUCAGAUGUAUGGGUACUGCUUGCCUCAUCGCAGCGAAGAGGUGAUGAAUACCUGCCUGCCCACGCCCAAGGCCAUGGAUACGUUUGUCCAGAAGUAUAGCGCAUCUCCCUUUCAGCCCUAUUCGAUGGUUUUUGUCGAGGACAUGCCCCACGAUGUCUCUAUCUUUGCUGGCCUGUCCGUCUGCAGCACUCGACUCCUUUAUCCAGAGGGUGUUAUCGACAGUGCGCAACAUUCGACUCGCAGGCUCGUCCACGCCAUUGCUGCUCAGUGGCUAGGCAUCAAUGUCAUCCCCGAAACUCCCUUCGACGCAUGGGUUGUUGUUGGCAUGGCUCACUUCCUGACAGAUCUUUUCAUGAAAGAUAUAUGUGGCAUGAACGAAUAUCGAGCUCGUAUGUACGAGCAAGCAAACCAAAUAUACGAACAAGACAAAGAGCGACCGUCAAUCUACGACAUGGGCGACAUCUUACAUGUCGAUCCCAGUGCCUACGAAUUCCUAGCCCUCAAAGCACCAGUAGUCUUGUUCAUCCUAGAUCGACGUAUGGCUAAGACGGCUGGAGCUACCAAGAUGCCUGGCAUCAUAUCUAAGAUUCUGACCCGUGCACGGACGGGUGACCUCGACAAUAACGCCUUGUCUACAGACUUCUUCCAAAAGACAACGGAGCGCAUAAACCACGGUCCCAUCAACGACUUCAUGCAGCAAUGGGUCAAAGGUGCCGGAUGUCCACAUUUCCGGAUAACUCAGCGCUUCAAUAAAAAGAAACUCAUGAUCGAGAUGUUCUUCGACCAGCUGCAGUCAGCCUCGGAGCGCGAGCUCGAUUCAAGCACAUUCAUGCGAGAUGUACGGGAAGACUGGAACGAAGUCUAUGCAGGCGAGCGCCAGAACGUUUUCACGGGGCCCAUGACGAUCCGAAUUCACGAAGCUGACGGCACUCCAUAUGAGCACAUAGUACAAAUAAAGGAGGGUCGGGCGCAAAUUGAUGUUCCCUACAAUACAAAGUAUAAACGUCUUAAGAGAACGCGAAAGCAGCGAAACAAAGCUGCCACGAAAGCUGCCGAAGAGGAUGACGAUGAGAAAGAUACACUGGUCUACUACCUGGGCGACAAUCUGCAGACGGAGGAGGAGCUUGAAGCCUGGCGACUUGUCGACUGGAGCCAGGAAAUGGAGAACGCUAUGGCUCUGGAGUCAUUCGAGUGGAUCCGAGCGGAUGCAGACUUCGAAUGGAUUGCUCGAAUUGAACUUCUGCUGCCCGGAUACAUGUACGCUUCGCAGUUGCAACAAGAUCGGGACAUUGUCUCCCAGCUUCAUGCCGUCCGCAGCAUUGCGGCUUACAAAGCUGAUUCGAUGGCCUCGUCAAUUCUAUUGCGAACAUUGAUGGACAAGAGGUACUUCCACCGAGUACGGCAUAUCGCAGCCCAGGGUCUUGUCUUGCACGCAGACAGGACCAACGACGAGACUAGAAUGCUGGUUGACGUGGGUAAGUUUCACUUAAAGAAGGCCUUUGAGGAGUUAUUCUGCUCGACCGACUCCGGAACAUCAAUUAUUCGACCAAAUGAUUUUUCCGACCAUCAGCAAUACCUCGCUCAACUGGCUAUCGUCGAGGCUGUCUCAAAGAUCCGCGACGACAACGGCUAUACACCACGAGACAUCAAAGAAUGGAUGCUAGACAAGCUCAAAUUCAAUGAUAACUCUAACAACGAAUUCUCCGAUGCAUUCUAUGUGUCUACGCUGAUGAAGGGUCUCGCAAAAGCUCUGAUCGCCAAACCUCUGUCGGCGCCAGACGUGGACGCCAUGGAUCUGGACCAGACACGAGAGUACGCCGACUUGCAGCAAUUUGAGCAGGCCUGUGUCGAGGAAAUCGAUCGCUACAGACGAAUGGAUGAAUGGACGAGUUCGUAUCAGAACCUAUACUCGAGGACGGCUUUGGAGUGUCAGGCAAUCCUGGCAAACGCCGGCAUUCACCGGUAUUCACCCCUGCACUUCCUUCAGUACACUCGACCAGGCAAUUACGACAUGCUACGCUUGGCAGCAUUUGAAGUGCUCGUCGAUCCUCGUAUUUUUGAGAUGAGCAGCGUACUUAAAUAUGUUAUCCACUGCACGGUCGCCGACUCCUCGCCCUUGAUUCGACAAGAGCUUCAGAAGGCCUUUGGUGAGAUCAUCGGCCGGCGCGCCAUUGGCGAUAGGGGCCAAGCCAUUGUUAUCGAGAAGCAAGCUGGCUCGGACGAUUUGGUCGUUGAGGAAGGCGCCGACAAGUCAGCGACUCGCGCAGAAGAGAUUGCACGACGCACUUCAAUCGAUGCGGCCCUACUUGCACUAAAGAAAGAGCUCGGCGAGAACGCGAUACUGAAGAAAGCUGUUUGGGACGCAGUCAGCUAUUCAGAGAUCACGAUCGACGAUCUAGCUACCAUGCUUGACUUUUGCCGCAUGCUCUACCCACCGAAAGACGAGAUGAAAGUCAAGCUCCAACUGCCCCGGUACUGGCAGGUUCAGCAUUUAGGCAAGGUAUGGAACAUAGGCCUCUUCCUGAUCUCCCCAUUUUUCAUUGUCUAUAUGCGUUCACCCGCUAACAAGGCUUGUUUUCAGGGCAAGCUCAAAUUUAGUCACACCAACAAGGUGCGUACCAAGCUGGUUCCGCGUUGGCAACCACCCAAGCGCGCAGUUGACGCGCAUCCGCCACCGCCGAUGCGUACAGGAACAGGGAGUCUGAAGCUCAAGAUUCGUCCGCCGAGUCAGGCGAACAUUUCAGCGCCAGGAUUGCAAUCGGCGCGGACACCAGUUCAGACUCCGACGCCGCCCCCACCGCCUGUGCGGCAAGUGCAACAGGAAGCGCCACCACAAAAGAAGAUCACUCUCAAGUUAGGGCUGAAAUCUGGUUCGCCAACUGUCUGA